UCUUCAAAUAUAUCAGAAAAAAUAUCUAAACGCAUUAAUGAAUUUCAAACUUCCUCCUAAAUAAAGAUAUCUACCGCCAUACUACGUUGUACCUUUGUCAAACCUAUUUCAUAGAUUUUUGCUGAAGUUUUAAAUACACUUUUAUAUUCAUUACAUUGGAGAAUGCAUGUAAAAAGUGGAUAUAGUUUCACAGGAACUGUGUAGAAAGAUAACAUCUAUAAAGGUAGAGGUAGGUAAAAGGUUUGAUGGUUAGGGAAUAUUUUUCACGAUUGUGCUGCUUCGGUUAAGCGUUAAUUAUGGGGAUAUGCUUGCCUGUGCAGAGAAAUUUUGAGACAGAGUCAGAUGUUGACGAGGUUGUAAUACCGGACACGGAGUUUGGGUACCCGGAGCCCGUGCCUCCUGAUCCAUUACACGGUAGUUUAGCGCGAACACAGCAUUGCUUCACGAACGAAAGGUUUAACAAUGCCACCGACGACGUAGACUUAUUCAAGAAAUUUUUUGUUGAUACUGAUGACAUAUCGUUAGAUUUGAAUACAAUGUCGGAGGAAUACAUAGAUGAUGCUUAUCAAAGUCGCCCUCAUACUAAUGAAAGUAGAAAAUCUUCCAGUAAAAGAAGCCGUCCUCAAACUGCUGCAAGUAUGAAAUUCGAACUUUCCUUUCAUGCAAUCGACGAUCACGCAAAGAAGGCUGACAAACAGUUACUGAACUCCUUCGAAAAGCUUUUUAAGUACCUUAUGGAACCUUUAACCUCGGACAUAUUUCGGAAGACUAAAACGGCGAGGGCCAUUGUUGUAUGGCUAAGCCAACAGAAACUUGAACAAAACAGCUACGGCAAAAGGAACACUGAUGCACCACGUGGUCUUCUUCAGUAUGUGAAGGAGGGUAAAAUGUCCUACGCAACGUGCUAUGCUAUACUAUGCAGAAAAGCUGGUUUACAGUGUGCAAUUGUACGAGGACAUGUAAAAGCUGCUGGGUAUGAGCCUGGGGACGAGGAGUUGCCGGUCGGGUCUUGGAACGCAGUCUAUGUAGAAUCUGGAUGGCAAAUUAUUCAUGCCCUUUGGAUAUGUAGGGCGGUGUUUGGCCACAAUACCGGUGGAUGGAUAAAAGUUGAGCAGGAUGGCAAGACAAUGUCCAAAAAGGAAAAGGCAUCUGCCGGCAUAGAACAAAAUACUUUCCAGGAACAAUUCUUCAUGCCCAAUCCGGAGGAAUUUAUAUACCAUUGUUGUGCUUCUAAAGCAGAAUGGCAGCUAGUGUCACCUCAUUCUGUCGUAAGUACAAAGGAAGAGUUUGUAAAUAAGGCUUUCCAGCAUCUGCCGUUUUUUGAUAUUGGCUUUAAACUAACCAGUGAACCGAGAUGCUAUCUAGAAAGCAAGAAUGGAUUCUGUAAAAUAGAACUGAAAGCAAAACCAGCAAAUGCCCAUAUGAUUGUACUUAAAUAUGAACUAUUCAAGAAGGAGUUGGAUGACGACUCAAAUAAGACUUCAAAAACAGAUGAGGAGGUUGAUAUUGCGAGGAUGGUUUUCAAUUCGAGGGCAGGUGAAACAUUUAUUUUUGAUAUCAGGUUUCCAAAGACUGGGAUCUAUAAACUGGUCAUUAACGGAGGGCCUCAUAAAUCCGCCUCCCUACGUUUAUGUGAAUUCAAACUCGUCUGUAACCAAGAGAUGGUUGAUCGUAACCUAUUGCCUCUUGACUGUGGCAAAAUUGGAUGGGGUCCUGGACCCGUCGCUGUUGAAGCUGGACUUCUGAUGCCCUCGAAACCAAGUGGUCUUAUACCUGUGAACGAAAAGGAGAAGAAGACUGACGUUAAAUUCCAGGUAAGAGACAUGAACGAGAGCUACACCGCCGUUGUACACGGAGAAGUUGGCGGUCGCAGAAAACAACUAGAUGAUACGGCAGUAGAUGUACAAAAGAAUGAACAGUCACGUCAACUUGUUGUAUCUGUCACCAUUCCUGAUAAAGGGGAAUAUGGACUUUCUAUACAACAUCUAACAGGACAGAAGUUAAACAACGAAUGGGAAAACGUUUGCCACUACCUUGUGUCAACUCUAGCGUACACACCCGAACGUGCAAAUGUGAAGAAUGCAAAACAGAAGUUGAAAGAAGUGACUGAGGCACCUGUCGAACCGCAACGAUUAAAGGAACGGAUAAAGGAUAUACAGUUCUGCAUUCAGAGAUGCAAGAAAGAAAAGGUGCAAGACUCAGAUUAUGAGAUCAUCAAUGCUAAUGAGAUGGUCUUGUUUCUAAUCUGUAAGGACAAAUUACGAGAUUGCGCUUUACGGAGAAACCUGCAUGUGAUUCGAAGGACGUUACAGAUUGUUAGCCUGUACAAAAAUAGAGAUGCUUUGACAGUGGAAAUCGAAAAGGUCAAAGGAAUAGAAGAUGAAAUCGUAGCACUGAACGGUUUCGCCAGACAAGUGCCAAAGUUAGAGGAAGCAAACAAAGAAAUCGUAGCAUUAAAAAACGCUCCUGAUGAAGUUCAUAACACAUUAAAAGCACUUCUUGUAUUGUUAGGAGAAUCAGAGUAUUAUUUGGAGGACUGGGCGACUAUACAGUCUCGGAUGAAAGCUUCAACACAUACAAAUGAAACGUAUGUGCUAGGCAUGAUGAAACGCAUACAAAAACAGGAAAUUGAUCAAGAUCGGCUUCAAAGAGCGCUUGAAAUAUUGCAUGAAUAUGAUGAAAAGCAAGUUAGAACAGUAAAUAGUGACGCUCACAGCUUCUACCUUUGGAUUGAAAAUAUUAUAAAUGUGCAUGAAGGGAAUUGACGCCAAUCGUAAGGAAACAUAUCAAGUCCAAGACAUAUGCGACUCCUGAGCAGACGCAGAAAACCUUGCUUGGUUGCUUUCUAUACUUCCAGUAGAUCUUCCUACAAAUUAUAUUAUCAUAACAUGUUUCACGAAGUUACUGGAAAUUAUAGAUAUGUACACAACUUUGCUGAGCUUGUUACUACUGUAACUUUGAUAACAUCGUACUUGCAAGGCACUAAUUUCAAAACAGUGUUUAAGUAAUGUUGACUGAGAGCUUACAAAGAAUCACAUCAGAUGUACUUCUUGAUUAUUAAUCUUGUAUGUUGUAAUGUGUUAUUAUAUUUUUGAGUCAUUGGCAUCCAUGUUUACUUCAAAGUUCAGAGUUACUUUGCCAAUUUUAAAGACAUGUUUGGGUUUAUGAGAAUAUUGUAAUGUGUGCUUGUUCGAAGAUAUUCUGCUUUUUGUAUGAAAACUGUUUUUAGAAGUUGUUUGCUUUCUUAUGAUCAGAGAAAAAAAAGACAAGUUGAGAUA